ACCUGCGGCCGCGCACCCUCCACCUGCGGCCGCCCGGAGCCCGCGCGCAGCCCGCACCCCGGGAGGCCCGGCGCCAUGAGCGGCGCGGGCGGCGUCCACAUCACCUACGCCAGCCGCAAGCGGAGGAAGCCGGUGCAGAAAACAGUAAAGCCGGUGCCAUUGGAAGGAGUCAAAUCCAACCCGUCCAAGAGACACCGAGACCGGCUGAAUACAGAGCUUGACCGUCUGGCCAGCCUGCUGCCCUUCCCCCAAGAUGUCAUCUCCAAGCUGGACAAGCUGUCCGUGCUCAGACUCAGCGUCAGCUACCUGCGAGCCAAGAGUUUCUUUGAUGUUGCAUUAAAAUCUUCCCAGGCUGACCCAAAUGGAAGUCAGGAGAGCAGCAGAGACAGACUCCAGGACAGCCUGCGUUUGCAGGAAGGGGAGCUUCUGCUACAGGCCCUCAAUGGCUUUGUGCUGGUGGUCACCAUGGAUGCCCUGGUCUUUUACGCCUCCUCUACGAUCCAGGACUACCUGGGGUUCCAGCAGUCUGACGUCAUCCAUCAGAGUGUGUUUGAGCUCAUUCACACCGAAGACAGAGCGGAAUUCCAGCGUCAGCUGCAUUGGACUUUAAAACUGGGCCAGGCUACAGACUCAGCACCCCAAGGACAAGAAGGCCAUGGCCCAUCCCAGACCUCAGGCUUUUAUAACCCAGAGCAGCUUCCUCCCGAAAACUCCCCAUUCCUGGAGAGAUGCUUCAUCUGCCGCCUCCGGUGUCUCUUGGAUAACUCAUCUGGCUUCUUGGCCAUGAACUUUCAAGGGCGGCUCAAAUUCCUGCAUGGCCAGAACAAGAAGGCAAAAGAUGGAAGUCCCCUGGCUCCUCAGCUGGCACUGUUUGCGGUGGCCACGCCAUUGCAGCCUCCAUCCAUCCUCGAAAUCCGGACCAAGAACUUUAUCUUCCGAACUAAACACAAACUAGACUUCACACCUAUAGGCUGUGAUGCCAAAGGAAGAAUUGUUUUAGGGUACACUGAGGCAGAGCUAUGCAUGAGGGGAUCCGGGUACCAGUUUGUCCAUGCUGCUGACAUGCUGUACUGUGCGGAUUAUCAUCUCCGCAUGAUUAAAACUGGAGAAAGUGGCAUAACAGUGUUUAGGCUUCUCACCAAGGAGAAUCGCUGGACCUGGGUUCAAUCCAAUGCCCGUUUAGUGUAUAAGAAUGGAAGACCAGAUUAUAUCAUUGCAACACAAAGACCACUCACAGAUGAAGAAGGGACAGAGCACUUACAGAAACGCAACAUGAAGCUGCCUUUCAUGUUUGCCACUGGAGAGGCCGUGUUAUACAAGGUCAGCUUCCCUUUCCCUGCCUUCAUGGACCCCACGCCGGGGAGAACAAAGGGACCUGGGGCUGGGAAAGACAGUGCCCCCAAACAGCCUCAGAGCCAAGAAUCGUUUCACCCCAGCUCGCAGCUGAGUGCCAUGCUGCAGCAAGACGAGUCUGUGUACCUGUGUCCCCCUGCGCCUCACACCGCGCCCCUGCAGAGGGGCUUUGGCAGCGAGACGGUGGAAGACCUGAGCGGGAUUGUGACUGGUGACUGGCAGGAGAGCCUCCUGGCCUUGGGGAACGAGGACAUGCUGCCUCAGGAGCACUUGCAGCUUUCUCACGAAGCCAGCAUGGAUCACACAGGCUCCUUUCCUGAUAACCGAAAUGGCGAACUGCACAGCAUCAUGAAAAGCCUGGGCAUUGACUUUGAAGAUAUAAGGAACAUGCAGCAGGAAGAGUUCUUUAGAACUGACUUUUCUGGUGAGGAUGACAUCAGAGACAUUGAUCUGACAGAUGAAAUCCUGACCUAUGUUCAGACUUCUUUAAAUAAGUCCACCCUCUCCCAUUCAGGUCCCCAACCCCAGCCUCUUCUGCAGCCCCAACAUCCCCUGCAGCUCCAGCCUCCCCUGCAGCCCCAACAUCCCCUGCAGUCCCAGCCUCCCCUGCAGCCCCAACAUCUGCAGCCCCAGCUUCCCCUGCAGCCCCAACAUCCCCUAUAUCUCCAGCCUCCCCUGCAGCCCCAACAUCCCCUGCAUCUCCAGCCUCCUCUGCAGCCCCAGGCUUCUCUGCAGCCCCAGCCUCCUCUGCAGGCUCAGCCUCCUCUUCAGCAGCUGCCACAGGGGGCUCCUCCCAUCCCCAGCUCCAGCUGUAUGGUCCAAGAACAGUUGGAGCAGCAGCGGCGGCAGCAGCAACAGCAUCUUUGUCAGAAGAUGAAGCACCUGCAGGUGGGCGGAGUGUUGGCUGGCUGGAGGCCAGGUGACCCCGAGCCCUUCCCUGGUCCCCAGCCGGAUCCACAGUCCUACGCCAUCUUUCCUGAUCCUGAGUUCCCGUACAAGUCUGAAUUCAGUGCUGCACCCUACGCCCAGAGCUUGCUGUCCUGCUCCCAGGCUCUGAUCCCCCAGCCAUCCACCAUGAGCCACUUAGACUUUCCCAUAGGAAGUUUUGAACAGUCACCAUACCCCAUGUCUCACUUAGGAGACUUUGCUAGCUGUUUACAGCAAUCCCCGGAAAACGCAGGAUAUGGGGGUCAUUCCCAGUCCACCUUGGCCGCUCCUCCACCAUGUUACGCAGGGGCUGUCUCAGUGUUUCAGUGCCAGCCCGAAGGCCAGGCCUCCAGCGAGGAUCUAAUGCAGUAUAACUCCAUGGCCUCUGAUCAGAACACAUUGUUAAACAAGUUUCAGAAUGGUUUAGAUGGAGGCAUUUUAAAUGAAACCUACCCAGCUCAGUUAGAUGGCCUGAACGACCCUCCAGCUGCUGCCUCUCUCCACCAAGCAGAAGCCAGACCCUUCCCAGACUUACCAUCCAGUAGGUUCCUGUGAUGCCUGUCCCGGCCAGCUCACCUGGCCAGGUAGAUACUGCUUGGGAGGAUCAGGAGGAGCCUCAGGCAGGGGCACUGCCAGAAAUAACCCAACCAGAAGAAGUAUCCAGCACUUAUCCAUCCCGAGCAAGGUUCAACCUGGUCUGGACCAUGAGCCAAAUGGCCACCGAUGCACUGACUUAGGAAGUCUGAGGGACUGUAGGCAGAGCUGGGAAGGAAUGCCCCCUCCUCCUCUGCAGGGGCUGGGGCCUUUCCCCUUCCAGCUCUGGCCUCACUGCAGCUCUCAGUGUGGUCACAAGCUGCUCCUGAGGGCACGGUUUGGGCUGCAGGUGUCCGGCCUGGCGCAUCCUGCCCCACCCCCUCCACUAUGAGUGCCUCCUUCGCAUCCGCCCAAGUGCCUCUGGGAGCGCAGGGAUCUCUUGUAGUGAAGACGAUUUCCUUUUGAGUGAUGCAUGGAUUCCAACCUCCCUACUUCAUUCUGUCAUGUGGACUUUUAAAAAAUACGCCCUUGGUCCGGCUCUGUGUUACCUUGGAAGUCAUCCCCCUCUUCUUCAGGUGAUAGAAGGUGAAGUGAAUAUAUUUAUUUCAAAGAAAAUGAUUGAUCAUAUAUUGUUUGCUUUGAGACUCUUAAGUGCUUGCGAUGUGCCUUAUCUUUUACUGAAAUAGUCCUCUUAAAGAAACACAACUCACCUGUUCUUUCCAAAUAACUAGUCAUGAAAUUUGUGUUAAAAGGGUAGCACUUAAACUGGGGCCCCUAUCUCUAGAAGAAACUGUUGAAGUGAGGAUGAUGUUAAAGGUUACUGUGAUUGGAUGCCUUUGCUGGGCCGCACUUUUCACUUUGCAGAGGGGCUCGGCCAGCGAGGCUGGGCUCGUGCACAAAGGGGAGAGCAGCCUGUUGGUCCAGCAUUGCAUCAGACCCGAUUGGGAGAAAUCCCACAGUCCUCGGCGUGUUCAGAUAAACUGGGUUGUUUGAAUAAAUUUCAGUUCUAUAGCAGCGUGAAUGAUUUUUUUUCUCAUAUUUGAGGCUUGUUAGAAAUGAAGCCGCCAACGUUUGGUGCCGAGUGUUGUUUCAAGGGAAAUUCAGAAUCUUGUCUCCCAAGCGGCAUGGCGUCGUAUCGAUGGAAUGAAGAAAACUGCCCUUUUUACAAUAGUUGAAAUACUCCAUUUUGAGAUAUUAUGAGUCAUGUCUAAAUACACAUAGCUAUCAUAAAUUGGAGCUCUGUAUAUGUCAGUUAACUGUGUCUUUAAAAAUAAAAUCAUAAACUUAAAUAUGCUUAGGUUGGUGUCUUGUAGAAAUAAGAGACAACCACUCAUUAUCUGCAGUAAUCAGAUAUCAGGAGGGAACUUUUAUGAUCAACAAAGAAAAAGGCUUUUUGUCCUACAGCUCCGUAUCUGCUGAAACAGUUUCAAAGCCAGGUGCCGCUUAGUGUCUGGCCCUUCCUUAUUUGUCAUUUGAACCAUGGUCUUUGAAGGGCAGAAUCCCUGUUGGAUGACAUCAGCUGGAGUCUCUAAAGGAGACAUAGCAGAAGACAUUCUUUACAAUUACUCUUACAGUUACAAUUUACUUUUACAGUAAAUUAAUACAUAUAAAAAAUCCAAAAAUAAAUUUUAUUUGUCAGUCUGUUCAUUUUCAGGAAAAAAAAAAUCCAUAGAAUGUUAUUUGAGUAUUAAGUACAAAAAUUGGACCGUCUAAAACAUUUCAUAAUUUUUCUACGUGAAGUAUCAUUAAAAUCCCGACCAAUGAUCUGAAUUUUUUUUUAUUUUUCCAUCUAAAAUUUUCAUUAAAAGUCUUAUAUAACCACUUUCUGUAGAAUCUUCCACUUUUGGAAAUAUGUAUUUAAUGGAAGAAACUAUAGAUUUUCAGUGAAAUUGUGAAUGUGACAAUUAGCUAUAUAGAGAUAAUGUAAAACUGAAAGGUAAAAGGGAUACUGUGUAUUUUUAUCAACAAAACUAUUAAGUUUGUCUUGCUGAGAUUAAUAAAUACUGUCAAACCAAAUAUACCUUGUCUGUAUCGCUAAGUGCCAAAGGAAGCUGCUUUAUAGGGGAUUUAUUUAGCAUUUUUGCAUUAGCUGAGCCUAUGAUGAAUACAUAAUUGCAUUAGUAUAUUUAAUUUUCUCUUUUGCUACACAUCCACCCAAGCCUUUCUAAGGCAGAGCUGCAGUUAUGAAGCUUCCAGUUGUUAGAAUGCAUAACCUAGCGUUGUUCAGUAUUACUGUACUUUUGGUAAUUUCUUCAUGACCUAUAUUUCUUUCGUCUCCAAUUUGCUAUGGCUUAUACAUACCAUCGAGUAAUUUCGUAUUUAAUAUAUGGUUUGUCAUGUUAUUUCCCUUCAAGCAAAACUUGUAAAUGAUAAUAUAUGGUAUUAAAGUAAUCACCAAGUCC